AUGGCGCACCUCGAGGUGGAGCCUUUGCCGGCACUGGCGAAGGGUGCCCUGCGGCACCGCCACCCGCAAGCCUCGGUGGCGCAGGCCCAGGACGUCGACGCCCAGAGCCCUCUGAAUGACGUGCAGAUGGAUCUGGAUACUGCGGAGCACCUGGGCCGGCAGAUGCUGAAGGAAGACUCCUGGACCAAGCGAAUCUUUGAGGAGUUCGAUGGGGCAGCUUGCGGCUACCUCUGGCCUGCAGAGUUCGCUGCGAUGAGCUUCCGCUUCGAGCAGGCCAUGGGCGGCUUCUUGGGCCGCUUCAGCUUCAACUUCGACGAUGCCGACAUCAACAUGGAGGGCCGCAUCAGCCUCUCUGAGUGGCGGGAAUAUGCCAAAGAGCUGACUGCUGCUUUCGGGGAGAUCCGCUGCAAGGUGGCUGUGCAGCGGAUCCUUGGCAGCCGAAAGGCAGAGCUGCGCCGGAAGGUGAAGCAUGUGUGGCUCUUCGAUGGCUACGACUUCCAGCCUUCUGUGCGGCUGCUUGAGAUGUGCUCAAAGGGGCACAAGAACCCAAGCAUUGUGCAGGACGUGCGGUCCGCCUUGGCUAGCAAGGCGGACCCCAAUGCCGGGCUUGCCAGCCCGUCCUUCAACCAGUACACUCCGCUGAUCUUCCUCGCCAUGACUCCGGCGUGUGCCAACGGGCCCCUGGUCGCUACGGCCAUGGAGCUGCUCAUCCUAGCAAAAGCCGACGUGCAUAGGGAGUGUGGCCAGAUGUUCACGGGCCGGCUGCUCCCGCUGCGCUUCGCGGCGCGGACGCAGAACGAGUAUGGCCUCGAAGCACUGCAGAAACACGUGAACCUCGGCGACGUGUUCCAGUGGGCUGCAGGGGAGAACGCCGAGGGCAUCAUGCUCUCAGAGCUGCGGCACCUCUACGGCAAUGCCUUUGCUCAGACCGUGGAGGCCCUGGACCCAUACAGCCAUGCGGCCAGCGCCCAGAUGAGGCUCUUCGCCUCACCGAUGGUAGGCGGCUCCCUUAGCCCCGCCGGAGCCCAGCGACUGUGCAAGGGGCUCUAUGACGAUGGGUACGUCCACACGGGCCAGCGUGCCGAUCCCAACUCUCCCGGGCUGGAGGGCCACACCGCGCUGAUGUACAUGGUCAUCGCGGGAAAUGUCCCCACCAUCCAGGCCCUGAUGGCUUGCCGCGCGAGCUUGGAGCAGAGGGAUAGCAGUGGAGCCACGCCCCUCCACUAUGCGGCCUGCUAUUCGCAGCCGUCGGUGGUGAAGGCUUUGCUGGACCUCCGGGCGGACCCCAGUGCCGUGGACCAAGCAGGGCUCAGCCCUUGGAUGGUCGUCGGCGAAGCCAGGGGCUUCCAGGAGAAGCAGGGCCGAGUGGGGCUGGCCAGAGAGAACGCCAGCGAGGAAUCCAUGCGAGAAUGCUUAGAGAUGCUGAAGCCCGAGUUCUCUCCGGGAGAACUCCUGGAGAAAGCCGAGAGCGGCAUCGACAGCUUCCUUGAUAGCCUGGGGUCGCCGUUGACUAUGGCCGUGCUCGAGAAGCGGUUGCGCUUGCACGAGAGCCUGUUCUUUAACCCCCGCUUGGCCAUCAAGGGCGCCUUCGAGGGGCGCGUGGUGCUAAGGCACUUCAUCGAUCGAUGGGUGCACGUGAUCAUCAGCUUGCUGCAGACUGAUCCGCUGCAAGGCCCCGCAAAGCUCUUGGCCAAGUACCUCCUGAAUGCCACCUUGGGGCCAGACAGCCAGGCCUCGUGCGCGCACGUGCAUGCAAAGUGGCGCAAGGACGACAACCGCAGCUGGUAUCGAGAUCGGCUCAUGGAGGCCGUGAAGCAUCAACUCCAGAUCUUCGCGACAGAGUGCAGCCUCCUCCGGCGGGAGAUGGAUGCUGCUGCCGGUGUAGCCAAGCAGGACCAGGCCGCGACGGCUGAGGACCUCAAGGGUCCCUCCCCGGAGGCGGUUGAGGCGGAGGCGCCCUCGCUGGAGCGGGCCCUGUCCAUGCAAGCCUGCUACGACUUGUUUCAGGUGCCGAAGGACCAGGUCAUCAUUCCGGAGUCCUGGCAGGAGGACCCCUUCUGGCGCACCGUCCAGGAGAGGCAGGUGCUGCGCUACGACCCCUCCUGGGCGCAGCAGAUCCACGACGGCGCCAGCUGCUUUCUGCAGCUUGCGCGCCUUGGGGUGCCGAAGGACCGCUCGAAGAGGCUCACCGGCAAGGACGCCUGCGUCGUGUCCACCCUUGCGGAGUACAGCAGCCUCCGACAGGUCACGCACUCGCAGAUGAAAGAGCUUUUCGCCCGUGGUUUCGUCACGUACUCCAAUCUAUGCAAUGUUCCUUUUCAGGAGAAGAUGAAGGACGUGGUGAGCCGCGCGCGCCAGGCUGCGAACCUCACGGUGGAGAUGCCUAGCUCGGUGAUCCCGGCAAAGCGCUUAGCUCGGCUACUGGAGAAGACCCUGGAGGCUGAGAAGGAGCGGAAGGACUGGGAAUGGCCAGAUCGGCCUGCCAGUUACUUGCGCCACGCCUACAGUUUCUACAUCUUGGACACCGUGAGGCUCAGCUUCGUCUGCAAAGGCGAGACGCCUCCAGAGCAGGUCCGAUGUUGCAUGCGCAUUCUCCAGGAGUUCCGGGACUGCAGCAGCGAGAAGGAUGGGGUACAGCUCCUUCGAGUCAAGUCUGGGUUCGCUGCUGGCGUCAAGGGCGACGGCGGCUACGCCGACGUGAAGAUGCUGUGCUACGCCGACCUCGGCGUGCACGUGGCCUUCGACGGCACGGAGAUACCGCUGCGGAUCAUCGGGGAGAUCCAGCUCAUCCUCGAGGGUUAUGCGAACGUCAAGAACCGCAUGCACCUGGUCUACGAAGUGCACCGGGGAAGCUUUGACCGAACGCGGAGCCGUUAG